AGAAUAUAUAAGAAGAGAUGGAAGAGUUGUACCUAAGAAGUGUCCUCCAAAAAUGAUAUGAAAUUGUACCAGUGCAUCAAAAUAUUGCAAAAAUUUCACUAAUCAGGAAUUAAGAGUCAUUUUCAAUGAAUUUUAUUCAAAAAAUUAAAACAUCCAACAACAGUAUCUUAAUGAUCUCAUAUGUAUUAAGAAACCUCAAAGAAAAAGAACGAAUAAUAUUAUAUCAAAACGUCAAACCACAAUUCUUUACUAUUUAUAUAAAGAUGCCAACAAAAUUAAAGUGUGCAAAAAAUUAUUUUUGGAGGCAUUCCAGAUUAAAGAAAAAAGAAUAAGAGUAAUAAUAAAUAAAAUAAAAAACGGCACCAUACUUACUGAUAUGCAAGGUUCCCAUAACAACAGGCCAAAAAAAAUUUUAACUCAUAUAAUAAACAACAUGAUUAAUCAUAUAAAUAGUUUCGAGGCACAGGAAUCGCAUUAUAGCCGGCAUUAAUCGGAAAAAAUAUCUACCUGCCGACUUAUCUGCAAAAAAAUGUUUGAAAUGUAUAAAGAAUUAUACCCUAUGGAUAAUAUUACAUAUAGAUCAUAUCUUCGAACAUUUAACACAAAGUUUAAACUUGGCUUUGGCUUACCCAGGUCCGAUACAUGCAAAACGUGUGACGAAUUAUUCACAAAAAUGAUAAAUUCAAAUAAUGAAGUAGAAAUGAACGCUAUUUCCAAUGAAUUAGGAAAACAUCAGGAAACAGCUGAAGUUGCAUAUGCUACAUUAAAAGCUGAUGUUAAUAUGGCAACCGGAAGAAAUACGUUAGUUGUUUUAUGCGUCGACUUACAACAGGUAAUACUUACACCAAAUUUAACACACUCGGAUGUGUACUACCAACGCCAAUAUUCAAACUAUAACUUUUGUAUACACAAUAUGGGGGAAAAUAUUGGUAAUAUGUUUUUAUGGCACGAGCAUAUUGGGAAGAGAGGUUCAGCAGAAAUUGCAUCGUGUAUAUUAAAAUAUAUAACAUCUAAUUUUAAACCCCUUGAAGCGGGUGAAAUUAAAAAACUUAUAUUAUGGUCAGACAGAUGUGUUGAACAGAACAAUAAUUGGACUAUAUUAAGCGUCUGCUAUUAUUUAAUAAAAUUAAACUACUUUACAGAAGUUAAUCAAAAAUUUUUAACAUCAGGGCAUAGCUUUCUACCUUGUGAUAGAGACUUUGCUCUUAUUGAAAAAAAGAAGCGAAUUUCAAAACUUUAUACUCCAGAAGAUGUUAUUAAUAUGAUAAAAACAGCAAAAACUGAAAAUCCCUUUAAAAUUUGUGAAAUGAAGCUGGAAGAUUUUAAAAAUUUUAUGGAAAUCACUGAGCUUAUAAAAAUAAAUUCUGAAUGUAAAAUUACAAAAGCAAGGUGGAUUCAAUUAACAUUAGAUGACCCGAAUACCCUAAGAUUAAGAAGUAGCCAUGAACUAUCUGAAUCCUGGUCAAAUUAUUCAAUAGCUAAUGGUAAAGUAGAUUCCGGCAGAAAUAAUAUACCAAAUCUGGAUAACUUGCUACCCUCAAGGGAAAAAAACAUUGAUAUUUGCGAAAACAAGAAAAAAGACCUUCUAACAAUGGUGAAAUAUUUGCCAAACUAUGCAAAACAAUUUUAUGAAGACAUAUGCAAAUAAAUGUAUAAGUUUUGUUCGUUUCUUAUUACUUUACAUUAGUUUUUAGUUAUUUAUUUUAAUUAUUAAUUAAUUAAAAACGCUUAAAUUUAAAUACAUUUCCUUAGAAUUUUUGGUAUUGUAGGCGUUUUUAAUAUAAAUCUAGUAGAGAAAUAUCUAAUU